AUGGAGAAGGAGGAGCUACGUCAAGCGCUGGCCAAGGCGGCAGGAUGCGACAGCACGGAGGUGCACGUCGGCGAGAUCGGCGCCUCCAGAGGAGGUCUAGGAUCGGCUUGGAUCAAGUGUCCGGUGGCUGGAGCCCGGAAACUAGCCCAGGCAGGGAAGGUGGUCCUGGGCUGGUCCAUCGCGAGGGUCAUCGCGAUACCGAAGAGGCCCCUACAGUGCUUCAAAUGCCUGGAGCUGGGACACGUGUGGGCAACCUGCACGUCCACGGUGGACCGAGGGCACCUGUGCUACAGGUGCGGCGAGAGCGGACACCGUGCCAGAGGCUGUCCCGCCUCUACACCAAAGUGCCCCCUGUGCGAGUCGCUCGGGGCACCCGCCGGCCACAGGAUGGGCGGGGCGGCAUCCGCUCCCCCGAGAGUCAACAAGAGGAGGCCACCCGCCCGCCAGUCAGCCGCCACCACCGCCACCACCGCCACCACCAUCACCGGCAGCAGCGAGUACCAAGGCGGCACCGUCGCCAAAGCAGCAGCAGCGGUAGCGAUAGAUGGCCGGGGGGAGGCCAUGGAGUUGACGGAGUAG